AUGACAACAACCCAACCGAUCUUGGUAUUGCGACACAUAUACGAGUCCGCUGUGCAGCUGUGCAGAACGGACAGCGUGGUCAGCGACUCAGCGCGAUGGCCAAGGGUCCGCAUUAGAUCAGAUCAGAUCUGAUCUGAUCUGACGGGGGUCAGAUCAAGUUCAGAUCAAUCAAGCCUCGAGAAAAAAAAUCCAAAAGUAGGCGGUACCUAUAGAUGGUGCCAAUGUGAUUUGAAAUGCCAACUGCGGCGCACCUGAUCACUGCAUGAGAGAGAAAGGAGCGCGCCAUCUGCCAUCUGGCAUCGCCGCCGCAUUGGGUGUCGGCCCGGCGCCACAGAAAUACUACAGGGUGUGGUCCUCCUCUGUUGGGCCUUCGUUGCAGUGUCAGGUGCUGACUCAUUGCAAACACUUUCUCAUAGGGAUCAUGCGACCCAAUCCAGUCAUAGAAGCGGGGAGCUCCUCCAAAAAACGGCGGCUUAGCAAGGUGAUCACUUUGGAGGAUGAUGAGGAUGAGGAUGAGGAUGAGGUUGUGGAGGAAGAAGAUGAGGAUUUCAACAUGUAGACAUGUAGAAGUCUUUAUGUGCCAAAUUAGGCAAUUUCAUGUCUCAGAUCAGAUCAAGAUCAGCUCAAUCAAGGCAGAAUCAGAAAAAUCCAGAUCAGAUCUGACGGUGAUCUGAUCUAAUGCGGAUCCUUGGCGAUGGCCGACCCGACGCUGAACGCGACUGUUUCCUGAGUUGAAGUGUGCGAAUACCUGCUUUUCGGCGAAGUGCUCGCCUCGACCUGCCUCGACUCGCCUGGCUCGCCCUCGCCAGCCCAGGCCAGCCCUCGCCCGCCUCGCGCGCGACCCCCACGCCCCACACGCCCCACCACCACCUCCUCAUACGCGCGCGGGGCUCGAACUGGCUCGAAUCGCGCUCAAACCCCUCAAGCCCCACGCUUCGAUCCGCAACUAGCUCGGCCCCCAGACGGCCGUGUGCAGGCUCCGCACUGGGAGUGCGAAAGGUCGAAGUAGGUCGAAGUCGACCGGACACUUCAGCACGUGCUGCUCGCAGGGCAAGGUGCGGCUACCUCCCCCUCCCCAGCCCAAUCCCGAGUAUCGAAAUCUACUUGAAGGCUCGAAUAGCGGCCAGUUGCUUCGUCCAACAACAUUCGUCUGCAGUAGAGCCACAUGCUGAACUGUGCGACAACCUUCCCACGUACACAGAAGCUAAAGCGUUCCGCGAGAACGCCCGGUCCGCGUUGUCGUGUACUUCGCUCGCUGCCCACUGGGACCAAACUCAAGUGGGCACGCUAGGACCCCCCGUGUUUCGCGUGUUUGGUCGCCUCUAUCAUCGACUCGGCGCCCUGCUCCCUGCCGUCGAUCAACGCCCAGCCUUUGCUCAAACAUGGCUCAUCGACCCGGCCGAGGCGACCGACACUCGACUUGGACCCGACGGCGCAGACAGUCGCAUGCAACGAUCUACCUUGACCAAGCUCGACUCCAUCCUGCGUACCGGCAAUCGCUUUGUGAGGGAGUUCGCAUCAGCCAAAGCUCGCGCAGGUUAGGAUACGGCCAAAGAGUGGAUCCUGCGCCUCUGCCUCCCGCCAGGCCGAGACCGACGCACCCACAACCUUCCUACGUCAAGCACGGAAAUGGCGAUGCUUAUCUGCAAGUCCGACACCAACACGGGAGAUCGUGAACCGCAAGAUCGUAUUCUCCAGGUGCACGGUGAUCGAUGUCCCGACGGUCGGCCCAAGUACCAAGUCGUUAGCUCGCUCCAUCCGUCCGCGAUGCCUCUCCGUUAUCCACUACUAUUUCCUGCAGGGGAUGAUGGCUUCCACCUCAACAUUCCUCUUUGCGGGUUCCACCAAGCCGGGCCGCCAAUAGCCAGAAACCGAGAGCAGAUCGACAAUGGUGUCCAAUUGCGCGAGGUACUUGCCGGUCUCGGUCUGGAUGACGAAGACGAAGAGGAGGACGAAGACCGCGACGAUGAGGAUGAAGACAGCGAGGAAGGUGAAGGUAAACGUAAGCGUCUUCGGCUCUUUCUCACGUCUUCCAUUCUGUUGAGAUGCAAGCACAGACUGACAUAGAAUGUCUGAACAUCUAGCACGAAGAUCAAGAAGAUAGGCUCGAGGUGGAUCAACCCGAGUCUUGCGUUCCCAAUUCUUUGCAUACUACUUUCACGAACGCGGCAACAAUCUCUCACUCCCGCGUUCGACCCGGCGUCUCUUUCUCGAGGUUCGUGAUCGACGGAUACUCCCAAGUCGAGACCGAUCGACUGAACUCCAUCCGUUUGCAUCAAGAAAACCUGCGCCUCACCACGGCCCAAGGCAUCGCUGAAGCUGUUGCCAACGGCUUGACCCCGGAUCAAAUGGGACGUUCGGUGAUUUUUGGGCUCGAUCAACGUUGA